ACUUCGAGUGAAGAAGCCGGGCUGCGUCAGUCAGAGAGACUUUUGUGUUGCCUGUCAAAACAAACAAGACGACGACACCGACUGUGCUCCCUCGCGUUGUGUAAAUUUCGAAUCUUGGACUGACUCGUGCUCUACCAUGCUGCAGUGUACAACAGAAUCUUAAUUCUGCCUCUUAUUUAUCAGUUGAGAGUUCUGUGAUGUUUUGAAAAACUGUGCAAUAUACAAAUACUCCAUGAUGGACACAAGACUUUUAGAGAAUCCUUUCGGACACACACACAGCCACGUGCUGGCACGUCUGGGACGAUUUUUGCCAUCACCUUACAUGCACUUUGGAUCGCCGAUUGCCCCCUACAGCGUUCCUUUAGCGGCAGCUCACCAUGCUGCAGCGGCCCAUCAUCACCAUGCGGCGGCCUUCGACUACGGGCAGGCAGCCGCGGCGGCUGCGGCCAUGGCCGGCGGAGUGCCCUACUCCAUCGACGGCAUUCUCAGCAUGACGCCCGCAGGACUCACGGCCAAUGGACUAAGUGGGCCGGCAGGUUCUGGAGGAGGCGCAGGGGGUCCAGGAGACCACAACUCGCACGGAAAAAAGGAACUCAGAGGCCAGGAUUAUUUAGGCAGGAUAUCUGGGAGAGAAGACCUUUAUGCUUUAAGCGACUCAGACUGCGAGAACGACGCGAGUUCAACGAGCGGCAGUCAAGGAAAAAGGAGGAGGACAAGAACCAAUUUCAAUGGUUGGCAAUUAGAAGAGCUCGAGAAAGCUUUUGAAGCCUCCCACUACCCCGACGUCUUCAUGAGAGAAGCUUUGGCGAUGAGGCUGGACCUCGUCGAAUCUCGGGUACAGGUUUGGUUUCAAAACCGGCGAGCAAAGUGGCGCAAAAAAGAGAACACAAAAAAGGGACCGGGGAGGCCUGCUCACAAUGCUCAUCCCCAGACCUGUUCCGGAGAUCCCAUCCCACCGGAAGAGAUCGAGAAGAGAGAUCGGGACCGACGGGAGAAGAAGCUCAGGAAGCAACUGGAAAGACAAACAAAGCGGUUGCAACAAGCCAAAGUGAAGCCGGGAGUCAAUGUAGCCAGUUUGAGUGAGGCAAUAUACCAAACACUGAGUGAGCUGAGGCACAUCAAUGAUCGCAAAGAGCCUCGUGAUUUAGUAGGUGCAGAAAUCUUCGCCCUCCUAGGCACCAUGGGAUUCGAUGUCGUUGACGCUAUGUCUCGUACCAGUAAGCAACCGCAACAACAACAGCAACUAAGCCACUGCAGCAACAGUGGAAGCAGUAGUUUGGGAGACGUUAACGUAUGUUCUGUGGGAGACGACAACACCACUGACGACUUCGCGGAUGUUAACAGUCCUGGCAAGGGUCUCAAUGACUACCACCUCCACCACCGUCCGCAGUUAAUGGUCACUCAAAAGGUGAAUCCGUUCAGCAUUGAAAACAUUCUGGCCGAAGACAAGGCAGCAGCUAAGGGUGGUCGCCUGCUUGGGUCGUCCAAUCAGCCCUACCUUGCCGUGACUCAGCCUGUAGGAUUCUUGGUGAGAUCUCAACUUGAGGCCAAUAGUCCGGACUCUUGCCAGUCCAGUGAUGUGUCGCCGAGUGAUUACAGUGCUCCGAGUAGUCCGGACAGACCAUCCGGUGAAUACAAAAUGAGGGGAGAGCCAGAACACUCCGAGUCUGAAUCUGAUGACGAAGGUCAGACUGAAGGUGAAAUGGAAUUAAGAUUGCGUCUGCAGGAGGGAGAGGACAGGAACGUUAUGGUAGUGCCAUGCAGUCCACCUCCUCGGCAGUCCAUAAAUGACAAUACAAAUAAUUUAAAACUCAGUUGUGUUUCAAGCGGAUCAGAGACGCAUAGGUUGUGAAAUGCUAAUGUUUUAAAUUGCAACAAUUCCUCUGUUUUGAAUUUUCACUCAUCAAAGCCGCACUGGGACACUUUGCCCGUGAAUCGACCUAAUAUCAUUUCGCAUACUGAGAUCAGCUUCACAAGCGCUGUUUUGGGUCCGAGAACAAAGAGAAGUCGGGAAGAUUUGCUGCAGUAUUAAUAAUAAUUACGAUGAUGAGAAGAGCAGUGCUGUAUGAGCAGCUUUGAAACUGAUGAAAAUAUUUUCAAAUACACGAUUGUAAUAAACUUUCCGAAGCAUGUAAACAACUUUUUAAAUUAAUGAUGUCAAAUUUGCUAUCCAUGUUUACCUACCAAAGAUUCGAUGUUUUUAUUUAAUUAUUUGUCUUAAAUGAAUAAUUUUCAGAAAAUCGAUGACAAAAUUAUUCAUGAAUGUAUAAAAAUCUUGAAUAUUAACAUUUAAUAUGCUUAAUUACAAUUAAUCAUGUAAAUACGCUUGCAAAUCUAUGCAUAUUUAAUUUAAUAUUCAAAGAAAGGUCUAUAAGAUUAAUUAUUUUCAUUAAAUAGGGCUAAGAGAAAAUGUUCUCUAAUAAAGAAAGUCAUUAAAAUUAAUUCUAAAUUAAAGGUAUCACAUAUGAAUGUGAUAUUAAAAUAGAAAUCUGAAUUUCAUCGUGAAGAGAUUUAUGCGAUAGAAAUUUCUGAAAUAGACAACUUUUGAAUUUAAGAAUGAUUUUCCCAAAAGAAAAUUAUGGAGGAGUUUAAAUAUUAUUUAACUUAUGUAAUAUUUUCUAAACAAAGUACUUAUUUGAGAAAAUAACAUCUAUGUAUUUAUUGAAAGAAUGAAAAAAAAAAUUUCUCAAGUAUCUGGUAUAAGUACGUAUACUAAACUCUAGAGAGAGUGGAUGUUAAAAUUAAGCAUAAAUUAAAGGUUUCAAAUUAAGCAUUUUAAACGAAUUAAAAUAAAAAUAAAAUUUUUGAUAAUAAUCAGCCGAUUUGAUUUACUCACUUUUUUUUUUUUGGUAAGCUGUUUCAUUUAUAAAAUUUCACUAUCUAUAAUUUUUUGUGACAAAUCAAGAAAUCAACGUUCUUUAUUUUUUAAAAAAAAUGAAUGUUCGUAAGAGUCGAUGAGUACGCGCGCGCUUGCUUCUGUGAAAUGCCGAGUAAAUAAAUGGUUGUUAAUGUGUGUGAAAAAGCGUUUGUGAGACAGUGUACUUUUAUUUAAAAAAAUCAUUUAGCCAGCCAUUAUUUACUGAGGAAGCACUACACUUCCUGUUUCAUUUUAAGGAGUUUUCAUUGCACAUUGUAGAAAUAUGUAAUUGUUUAAUAUGUACAAGUC